AUGGCUGUGUCUGUGUGUGUGGCUUCCAGUGACUCUCAGCGGGCCAGCCAAAAUUCAGCCCAGUCACUAGGAAGUCCAGGACUGCCAUCACUGUUCAGACCAAGCACCAGAUCUUCGCUUAGUCCGUGUUCGUCUAAUGGCUCACCGUCUUCUUCUCCUCUGUGCCCGUCUUCUUGGUGCUUUGGGACUUCAGAAGAAACUCAUAUAUCGCGAACAGACCCAAUCAACUCCGCUGAAAAGCACCUACUGAAACCCAAAAACUAUAACCGCAACUCCAUCGUUGAAACAGAAACGAAAAAAAUUGCACCCAAGUUGAAAUUUUAUGGCACUGGAGCUCAUUGCUCCUCAUUAUCUUCGUCUGCAGCGUGCAAGAGGCAAGGAAACAAACUCACCAGCCGCGAGGUAUUGAAGAAACGUCGUUUGGCCGCCAACGCCCGCGAAAGAAGGAGAAUGACUGGCCUCAACGAAGCCUUUGACAGACUGAGGGAGGUGGUGCCGGCCCUCACUGGAGACCAGAAGCUGUCCAAGUUUGAGACUCUUCAGAUGGCACAGACGUACAUCAACGCUCUCUCCGAUCUGCUGCACUAG